UCGCAUAGGGUACUAACGUUAGCUUGCCAAGAUAGCUGCAAUUUGGGUCCUAGGAUAUUAUCAAGCUGGCCUUAACCCGAGGCCGACUUGUCCUUCCUAACUGAGUAAAAGUAACGCAAGGUAAGAUACAACCUUCAACAUACCUAUUAAUUUAGUUAGCAUUUUUUGCUGUCUGUCAUUCUAUCCCGUUUGUUUUGAUUAUCAUGCAUGCAUGCAUGGAUGCCAUUGCUACCCCGUUUGCCACACAAACAGGAUUGGUAUUUUAACAUGCCUAGUUUCACUUUUGUUCAGUUAACUGCAUUCCAUCUCUACUGACAAGUGAGGACUAUAUAAACAAGAGAGAAUAGAUUAAUCACACAUUUAUAUUGAUGAGUCACCCCCACCCACCCCUGCUUUCUCAGGAUGUCGGACUCAGACAGUGAUGAAGACCAAGACCGCCCCUUCUCUCUCACUGGUUUCCUCUUCGGGAACAUCAAUGAAGAUGGUCAGCUGGAGGGAGACAGUGUGUUGGACACUGUGAGUGACUAUAUUUUGUUAAAAUAACAAAACACUGCAUAGUGUGGAAAUAAACACAACUGUUUUGAACACACACUAAAGUAUGCCUAAAAACAGGACUGAGAUGUACAUUUGCUGAAUAUGGGUUUUGUGUUAUUAUAUUGAUCACUUGUCCACUAUGUCUUUGGUGCAAUGUUACUUAUAAAGACAACAGUCAUUUUCACACCUGGUAUAUUCCAAUACACUUAGGCCUAUAUAAAAGGUGAUGUUUGUUUGACAAUGGGAUUUCCUUCCACACCCCAGGAGUCCAAGAAACACCUGGCUGGCCUGGGCUCCCUGGGCCUGGGAAACCUCAUCACAGAGAUCACUGCCAGUGAGGAGGACGAUCCUGACGAGGAUGGAGACACAGGUGGCACAGACGCAGAGGGUAAGAGGAAGGGCAUGAAGUAAGGCUGUGGGUGGGGUAGUACCGUGGCUGGGAACUGUUAUUUAACUGUCUCAACAUGAACAGUCAAUAUGCUUCUUAGUUGUGUUUGUAAGUUGUCUGUAAAUACUGUGAUAAAUGAGUGACGGUUUCAUGUCCUGUUUCUUAUGUAGGCUGGGUGAAGAAUGAUGCCGAUGCAGUUGAUUAUUCUGACAUCAAUGAGGUGGCUGAAGAUGAGACUAAGAAGUAUCGUCAGGCCAUGGGCAGCUUGCAGCCUACCAGGAGAACAGGUGCAGUAAUACCCAUGCAACUCCACAUAUGUAUAUACUGUACACAGCCAUCUAGGAGUGCAUGUACCCUAGUUUACCAGAACAGAUAAAUUAAUCGUAUUUAAUUUCCACCCUCUUUAUCAGAGACUUUGCGAAGCCAGUAACUGGACACUUUUUCUCUCUCUCUCUCUCUGUCUCUGUCUCUGUCUCAGAUGAUGAGGAUGAGGAUGACUAUGAUGCGGAUUGUGAGGAUAUUGAUGCCAAGCUUAUGCCCCCUCCACCUCCUCCAAGUCUCACCACGCCUGGUGGCAAGAAAGAGGAUUCCUCUCCUACGGCUGCAAGUGGUAAGGAUUGGAUGAGGAAGGGCCAAAGGGUGCCGGUGAAAAUAUACUUUGUACUUACAGGACCAGUCAAAAGUUUGGACACCUACUCAUUCAAGGGUUUUUCUUUAUUUUGACUAUUUUCUACAUUGUAGAAUAAUAGUGAAGACAUCAAAACUAUGAAAUAACACAUAUGGAAUCAUGUAGUAACCAAAAAAGUGUUAAACAAAUCAAAAUAUAUUUGAGAUUCUUCAAAGUAGCCACCCUUUGCCUUGAUGACAGCUUUGCACACGCUUGGCAUUCUCUCAACCAGCUUCAUGAAGGAGUCACCUGGAAUGCAUUUCAAUUAACAGGUGUGCCUUCUUAAAAGUUCAUUUUAAAUUAAAUUUCCUUCCAAUCAGUUGUGUUUUGACAAGGAAGGGGGGGGUAUACAGAAGAUAGCCCUAUUUGGUAAAAGACCAAGUUCAUACUAUGCCAAGAACAGUUCAAAUAAGCAAAGAGAAACGACAUCCAUCAUCACUUUAAGACAUGAAGUGCAGUCGCAAAAACCAUAGAGCGCUAUGAUGAAACUGCCUCUCAUGAGGACCACCACAGGAAUGGAAGACCCAAAGUUACCUCUGCUGUAGAGGAUAAGUUCAUUAGUUACCAGCCUCAGAAAUUGCAGCCCAAAUAAAUGCUUCACUGAGUUCAAGUAACAGACACAUCUCAACAUCAACUGUUCAGAGGGGACUGUGUGAAUCAGGCCUUCAUGGUCGAAUUGCUGCAAAGAAACCACUACUAAAGGACACCAAUAAGAAGAAGAGACUUGCUUGGGCCAAGAAACAUGAGUAAUGGACAUUAGACCGGUGGAAAUCUGUCCUUUGGUCUGAUGAGUCCAAAUGUGAGAUUUUUGGUUCCAACUGCCAUGUCUUUGUGAGAUACAGAGUAGGUGAACGGAUGAUCUCUGCAUGUGUGGUUCCCACUGUGAAGCAUGGAGGAGGAGGUGUGAUGGUGUGGGGGUGCUUUGCUGAUGACACUGUCAGUGAUUUAUUUAGAAUUCGAGGCACACUUUACCAGCAUGGCUACCACAGCAUUCUGCAGCGAUACGCCAUCCCAUCUGGUUUGCGCUUAGUGUCCUGUUUUUCAACAGGACAAUGACCCAACACACCUCCAGACUGUGUAAGUGCUAUUUGACCAAGAAGGAGAGUGAUGGAGUGCUGCAUCAGAUGACCUGGCUUCCAAUCACCCGACCUUAACCCAAUUGAGAUGGUUUGGGAUGAUUUUGACCGCAGAGUGAAAGAAAAGCAGCCAACAAGUGCUCAGCAUAUGUGGGAACUCCUUCAAGACUGUUGGAAAAGCAUUCCAGGUGAAGCUGGUUGAUAGAAUGCCAAGAGUAUGCAAAUCUGUCAUCAAGGCAAAGGGUGGCUACUUUGAAGAAUCUCAAAUAUAAAAUCUAUAUUUGUUUAACACUUUUUUGCUUACUACAUGAUUCCAUAUGUGUUAUUUCAUAGUUUUGACAUCUUCACGAUUAUUCUACAAUGUAGAAAAUAAUAAAAAUAAAGAAAAACCCUGGAAUGAGUAGGUGUGUCAACUUUUGACUGGUACUGUAUAUUGUACAAGCAUGAUUCUUCACAAUCCGUAAAAAAAUAAACAGGGAUAUUGAUGUAUUUAAUGUCAAGAAUACAUGCUAGUAAUUUAGCACUCAUAGAGUCAGAGGGGCUCUAAUCCCAGUGUCUGCUAUUGUUGGUUUCUACACAGUUGGGGAUGAAGGAGACGGGAUCAUCCUGCCCUCCAUCAUUGCUCCCUCCUCUCUGGUAGACAAAGUGGACUUCAGCAGCUCCUCAGAUUCUGAGUCGGAGACAGACCGCCCCUCCACAGGCUCCGGGUCUGGGGGUCCUCCAGCCUGCCUCAGCCUGCCCCUGGCUGGCAUCAUGCAGAAGGAUGCUGCCAAAGCCCUGCCUGGCGUCACACAGCUCUUCCCAGAGUUCAGGCCUGGAAGGGUGAGCUGUCCUCCUUGGAAACACUGUAUAGUACACCAAAUAUCAGAGAGUUGUGAUUGGAUCAUUAAUGCCUUUUAAAAAGGGGAAGAUCGAGCAUAAAUUAACGUAUAUCCAUCCACUCCUCUGAACCCAUCCAGGUGCUGCGGUUCCUUAGACUGUUUGGCCCUGGGAAGAACAUGCCGUCGGUGUGGCGGAGUGCACGAAGAAAGAGGAAGAGGAAGCACCGCGACCCCCAGCCAGAGACACCCCCAUCAGAGGGCGCUGAGCCCAUGGAGCAGCAGGGACCAGAGAAGAUAUCUGGCUGGGACUAUGAGUACGCCCCACCUCCACCCCCAGAGCAGUGCCUGUCUGAUGACGAGGUCAGUGUGCAACAAUCUCUUAUUCCGAGAUGUGAAAACCUGUUUGAAAUCCGUGUGAAACUGUGUGGUUAUUUACCUGUAUAGUUUUUCACAGCUAGUUUAUGAGAGCUUACUAGGUUUAGUAAUAUGAUUCAGUCGCAGUAUAAUUCUGUAUGGGUUCUCUCUCCUUAGAAAGUGAAAUGGACAAAAGAGAUUACUCAAAAAGAUCAUCUUCAAUAAUUCAUUCCCUGUCCCUCUCGCCUUCCCCAGAUCACCAUGAUGGCCCCAGUAGAGUCCAAGUUCUCCCAGACCUCUGGAGACGGGGACAAGGUGGCAGAGUCCAGGCCCAAGGUGGCAGAGUGGCGCUACGGUCCGGCCCAGCUCUGGUACGACAUGAUGGGGGUCCCUGAGGAUGGCAGUGGCUUCCACUACGGCUUCAAACUGAAGGAGGAGGAGGAAGAUGAGCAGGAGAAGCAGGAGAGGCCAGAACCACCACCACCACCAGUUCCACAACCUCCCAAAGAGGUUAGCAACCCAUACACUUCACUGAUGCUUUAGGAUUAGGGCUGAACUCACUCAUUUUACCUCGCUUUUCCACAUCAUCAUUAAGAAAUGCUAGAAGCAAUGAGUUUUAAGUGGGUGUGUUCGCUACCGUUGUGUGUUCCUCUUUACUUGAAAUAUCCCAAACAGCCACCGUACGUGUGAUGAAUGGCACAGUAACGGCACGGCGCAGCAUGACAACGUGAACAUGAUUGGUCAAGAAUCCCAAGCUCAGAGCAUUUCCUGCUUUCUAGAGUAUCAGUAUCUUUGAUGAACGUUUUGAUGCUAAAGUUAGCACAUGAAUGUGAGGAUGUUUGAAUUGGAAAGAAACCAAGACGUUUAUAACAAACAAGUCUCGUUCUUUCAAAAUAACAAUGCCGACGAUAUUCGUCUCAUUUGUUGUCUCAUGUUAUGUCGCAGCUGUGCUCUGAAUCAAUGAGUAUUUGGGUGCUGCCAGACGUGGGCAUGUGGGCAGGAUUGAAAUCUAAACCCAACCCAAGGAAAACUGUGACGUAUCCUAGAUUCCUUAAAUCUUGCAAAUUAUGACCAAAGUUCUACCAUUUACACUUUUUAGUAAAUGUUGCAACUAUUACAAUUGUUUAAGACCAAUAUCAAUGCCACAUAGGCCGUUUUCAACCAGAGAAGUUGGUUUUUGAGUUCAGCUCCUCUUUGAGAAUCAAUCUUCCAUUUCUAGCUAUACCUUCUUCCAACUCUUAGUUAGAAGAGAACAGACAACAUUCAAUAAAGACUUACCAUGCUCUUUGUUUUUUUCUGUCUCUCUUUCUGUCUAGGAGGGCAGUGGUGACGAAAAGGACGAACAGGCCCUGGAGAACGAGCUCUUUCUGAUGGUCACCCAGCUUCAGUGGGAGGACGACAUCAUCUGGAACGGAGAGGACGUGAAACACAAAGGCACUAAGACCCAGCGAGCCAGUCUGGCAGGGUGGCUGCCUUCCAGCAUGACGCGCAAUGCCAAUGCCUACAACGCACAGCAGGGUGAGCGACCCACCCACUCUACUCCAGUACCAAUGAACACAAACUGACCUGCAUACUGGAGAUUCCUACCUCAUUGAAAUCCCAUCGCCAAAGUGUAAACCCCAACCAUCCAGGGGUUUUAGGACUACAGUGGCAAAUAUAAACUGAUAUAAUUGUUGUGUAUUUGUCUGCUUUGGGUUAUCUAGGUAUUCAUGAUGUCUAUCUACACUACAGGUCUGUGUAGGAGUAACUCUCAGCUGGUGCCCCCCACUCCUCCACCCAUGCCCAAAGCCCCCUCCAUCGGCUCUGGCUCCAAGAGGGACAAACACCACCAUGACCAUUAUGGUACGAUGAGGCUAUUUUACCUGGUAUCAGUUGUAGAGUGUAAUUGACUGUUAUAAUGAUGAACAAUGUGAUAUUACAACAUAUUCCUACUUAUCUUCGUUAGUUGACAUGGUGAAUGUACCACUAAAGAGUAAAUCUAUCACUACUGAUUCCCUAUUGGUCUCGCCACAGCCUCUCAUGAAGAUGACGCCCCCUGGUUCUCCAUCUUCCCCAUUGACAAUGAGGAGCUGGUGUACGGGCGCUGGGAGGACAACAUAAUCUGGGACGACCAGGCCAUGGACCGCAUGCUCUCGCCCCCUGUCCUCACCCUGGACCCCAACGAUGAGAACAUCAUUUUAGGUACUGCCCCUUUCUUAGUGAACUGUUUGUACAGUUUUUCAUUCAGUUUCAACCAAUUAUCAAAUAUCUUGAUGGUCUGUAACCUUUUGAAUGCUUUGAUCUAUCCACUAAUCUCUGAACUUGGCCUCUUGCAGAAAUCCCAGAUGAGAAGGAGUCUGAGCAUACGUCCCACUCCCCGUCCAAGGAGAACAAGAAGGAGUCAGCACUGAAGAAGAGUCGCAUCCUGCUGGGGAAGACUGGGGUCAUAAAGGAGGAGCCUCAACAGGUACUACAGGACUGGACCAGAAAACAUAACAUACAGUUGAAGUCGGAAGUUUACGUACACCUUAGCCAAAUACAUUUAAACUCAGUUUUUCCACAAUUCCUGACAUUUAAUCCUAGUAAAGAUUCCCUGUCUUAGGUCAGUUAGGAUCACCACUUUAUUUUAAGAAUGUGAAAUGUCAGAAUAAUAGUAGAGAGAGUGAUUUAUUUCAGCUUUUUUUUUUUUUUUUUAACAUUCCCAGUGGGUCAGAAGUUUACAUACACUCAAUUAGUAUUUGGUAGCAUUGCCUUUAAAUUGUUUAACUUGGGUCAAACGUUUCGGGUAUCCUUCCACAAGCUUCCCACAAUAAGUUGGGUGAAUUUUGGCCCAUUCCUCCUUACAGAGCUGUUGUAACUGAGUCAGGUUUGUAGGCCUCCUUGCUCGCACACGCUUCUUCAGUUCUGCCCACACAUUUUCUAUAGGAUUUAGGUCAGGGCUUUGUGAUGGCCACUCCAAUACCUUGACUUUGUUGUCCUUAAGCCAUUUUGCCACAACUUUGGAAGUAUGCUUGGUGUCAUUGUCCAUUUGGAAGACCCAUUUGCGACCAAGCUUUAACUUCCUGACUGAUGUCUUGAGAUGUUGCUUCAAUAUAUUCACAUCAUUUUCCUUCCUCAUGAUACCAUCUAUUUUGUGAAGUGCACCAGUCCCUCCUGCAGCAAAGCACCCCCACAGCAUGAUGCUGCCACCCCCGUGCUUCACGGUUGGGAUGGUGUACUUCGGCUUGCAAGUUACCCCCCUUUUCCUCCAAACAUAACAAUGGUUAUUAUGGCCAAACAGUUCUAUUUUUGUUUCAUCAGACCAGAGGACAUUUCUCCAAAAAGUACGGUCUUUGUCCUCAUGUGCAGUUGCAAACCGUAGUCUGGCUUUUUUAUGGCGGUUUUGGAGCAGUGGCUUCUUCCUUGCUGAGCGGCCUUUCAGGUUAUGUCGAUAUAGGACUUGUUUUACUGUGGAUAUAUAUACUUUUGUACCUGUUUCCUCCAGCAUCUUCACAAGGUCCUUUGCUGUUGUUCUGGGAUUGAUUUGCACUUUUCGCACCAAAGUACGUUCAUCUCUAGGAGACAGAACGCGUCUCCUUCCUGAGCGGUAAGACGGCUGCGUGGUUCCAUGGUGUUUAUACUUGCGUACUAUUGUUUGUACAGAUGAACGUGGUACCUUCAGGCGUUUGGAAAUUGUUCCCAAGGAUGAACCAGACUUGUGGAGGUCUAAAAAAUAAUUUUCUGAGGUCUUGGCUGAUUUAUUUUGAUUCAAGCAAAGAGGCAGUGAGUUUGAAGGUAGGCCUUGAAAUACAUCCACAGGUACACCUCCAAUUGACUCAAAUGAUGUCAAUUAGCCUAUCAGAAGCUUUUAAAGCCAUUACAUCAUUUUCUGGAAUUUUCCAAGCUGUUUAAAGGCACAGUCAACUUAGUGUAUGUAAACUUCUGACCCACUGGAAUUGUGAGACAGUGAAUUAUAAGUGAAAUAAUCUGUCUGUAAACAAUUGUUGGAAAAAUUACUUGUGUCAUGCACAAAGUAGAUGUCCUAACCGACUUGCCAAAACUAUAGUUUGUUAACAAGACUUUUGUGGAGUGGUUGAAAAACGAGAUUUAAUGACUCCAACCUAAGUAUAUGUAAACCUCAAACUUCAACUGUAGAUCUGUAUCUUAAAUGCCAUUCUGCUGUCCCUGAACUAAUCUGUUAACUCCUUUUCUGUUUGGUCUGCUGCCUACAGAACAUGUCCCAGCCCGAGGUGAAGGACCCAUGGAACCUGUCCAAUGAUGAGUUCUAUUACCCCAAGCAGCAGGGCCUGAGGGGCACCUUCGGUGGCAACAUCAUUCAGGUGGGUGCUAGAUUCUCUCCUGUGAGCUCUCUUCCUAUACAGAUUCCUUGGGUGCAUCAAAACUGGGACAAAGAGAAUGAAAACAGCUUCUAUCAAGGCCAUCAGACUGUUAAAUAGCCAUCACUAGCACAUUAGAGGCUGCUGCUGCCUAUUGAAAUCACUGGCCACUUUAAGAAAUGGAACACUAGUCACUUUAAUCAUGUUUACAUAUCUUGCACUACUCAUCUCAUAUGUAUAUACAGUAUUCUAUAAUAUUCUACUGUAUCUUAGUCCAUGCCGCUCUGUCAUUGCUUGUCCAUAUCUGUAUAUAUUCUUAAAUUCCAUUCCUUACUUAGAUUUGUGUGUAUUGGGUAUAUGUUGUGAAAUUGUUAGAUAUUACUUGUUAGAUAUUACUGCACUGUCGGAACUAGAAGCACAAGCAUUUCGCUACACCCGCAAUAACAUCUGCUAAACACGUGUAUGUGACAAAUAAGAUUUGAUUUGAUCAGCAGUUAAAGAGGAUAAUCUUAACAAUAGUGUAGGAUAAUCUGAAUAUACUGAAUGUUCACAGUAGUUGUAUGUAACCUUUUCUGUCUAUCUUUCUCUCCAGCACUCCAUCUCUGCAGUGGAGCUGAGGCAGCCGUUCUUCCCUACUCACAUGGGACCCAUGAAGCUGCGUGGCUUCCACCGGCCCUCUCUGAAGAAGUACUCGUUUGGGACGUUGUCCCAGCCAGGUCCCCAUGCAGCACAGCCCCUUCUCAAACAGAUCAAGAAGAAGGCCAAGGUGAGGCCCCAGCCCCAGAAUUCACCUCAUCCACCUCCAUCCUUCUCUCUGUCUUAACACAGGUCAUCAGGAAUGCAUCUGUCUAUGUGUGUUGAUAACCAUGUCUGUGUGUGAUUUGUGUUAAAUGUAUUUUUCUGUGCCCAUAGAUGAGAGAGCAGGAGCGCCAGGCUUCCGGUGGCGGUGACAUGUUCUUCAUGCGGACAGCUCAGGAUCUGACGGGGAAAGACGGAGACCUGAUUCUGGCAGAGUACAGCGAGGAAUACCCUCCGCUCAUCAUGCAAGUCGGCAUGGCAACCAAGAUCAAGAACUACUACAAGAGAGUGAGUCACUGCACUAGUCUUUCAACUACCAUUUCCCUUGUAUCAACAUUGAUUAGCAUUUACUAAAAGCAGAACGACCUCAGUGGUUAUUUACCUUCCUCUAUUGUCUAUGAGUUGUGUUUUGUUAACAUACAUUAUGUGUAAAUGCACUUUAAAAUCUAUUUGACCUAGAUAGUUUGUGUGUAUGUAUUGAUAUGUAGGCUACGUGUGCCUUUUGUAAAAAAAAAAAAACAAAAAAAAAAACAUUAAUGUAUGUAGUUCUGUCCUUGAGCUGUUGUCUAUUAAUGUUCUGUAUUAUGUCAUCUUUCAUGUUUUGUGUGGACCCCAGGAAGAGUAGCUUCUGCUUUUCCAACAGCUAGGGGAUCCUAAUAAAAUACAAAAAAAUACAAAAAACAUGUCUGUUUUCCCUCAGAAACCAGGGAAGGACCCUGGAGCUCCAGACUGCAAGUACGGAGAGACCGUGUACUGCCACACCUCACCCUUCCUGGGCUCCCUGCACCCUGGGCAGCUGCUGCCGGUCAGUCCCACAGUCAUUACAGUCAUUUACAUGACCAUUUAUUGAUGUUUGAAAAAUAACUAGCUGUGAAUGAGCCUGAUACCCAGAAAGAGAAAAUGUAGAGAUCUGUCAUGUCUUUUUUUAUUUUAGGCUUUUGAGAACAACCUUUUCCGCGCCCCCAUAUACCUCCACAAGAUGCCAGAGACAGAUUUCCUGGUGCUGCGUACGCGGCAGGGCUACUUCAUCAGAGAGCUGGUGGACAUAUUUGUGGUUGGACAGCAGUGUCCGCUCUAUGAGGUCCCUGGACCCAACUCCAAACGAGCGAACACCCAUAUCAGAGACUUCCUGCAGGUAUACCUUGCGAUAUAUACACACACACACACACACACACACGCAUUACGACAUCUACAAAUCCACACACUCUCUCUCACACACACACACACACACACACACACACACAUUGUCACACACAAGAGAAACACACUUACAGAAUGCAUGCUUGCCUACAAUCAUGUCUCUGUCUCCUCUUCUGUGCAGGUGUUUAUCUAUCGGUUGUUCUGGAAGAGUAAAGAUCGUCCUAGGAGAAUCCGCAUGGAGGACAUAAAGAAAGCUUUCCCCUCACAUUCAGAAAGCAGCAUCCGCAAACGCCUAAAACUCUGUGCUGACUUCAAGCGUACAGGUAGAAACAGCUAACCCUGCUUACCCUAGCCUUGUCGAGAAUCAGGCUUCCCUAAAACGGGAAGCCUGGGGAAGUUUAAUUGCUAAAUAUGGGUGGAGACCCAGUGUAAAUCAGUGAUGCCUUGCAACACGUGGUCCUCUGUAGCUCAGCUGGUAGAGCACGGCGCUUGUAACGCCAAGGUAGUGGGUUCGAUCCCCGGGACCACCCAUAUACAAAAAUGUAUGCACACAUGACUGUAAGUCGCUUUGGAUAAAAGCGUCUGCUAAAUGGCAUAUUAUUAUUAUUAUUAUUAAACAAAUCAAAUGCCUAGUGUUUUAGGUGCAACAGUGCAUGAGGAUGGCUGGGAAAUCGCAGAUUAAAACCCCAUCAAAAUAUGUUGAUGUAUGUCAAUUUUGUGUAUAGAGCACACUUCUUGCAAAACAGACGAACAUAACACGUAGCACCAACGGGCAUGUGGGGGGAGGGUUCAUGAAAUGUAGCAUCCAAUCAAAGUCUUGCCGCUGGGAGCCCGCUUUUGCAAGAGAAAAUUAUCCAGACCUCCAAGGGAGGAGUGAAACGACGUGAUUUUGGAGGUAUGGUAACGUGAGACUAUGCUUACCCCAAUACUACCGUAUAGCUUCAUGUUUGUCAGUAGUACAGUAUUGUUUGUCCUCACAAAGAUGAGGAAGUAAUGCAGAAAUGUGAAUAUGCCUCGUGAACUUUGUCACUCACAGCUGUCCAACAAUCCUGAUUUCCUCUUAAAGGGAUACUGCAAAAUGUUUAGAUUUAGGUCGUGUUUCUAUUUGCCCAGAGUCAGACAAACUUAUGGAUACCAUUUUUGUGUCUCUGUUAGUGCUGAGCGAUUAACUGAAAUGUCUUUAUUUUUCUGUUUUUAAACAACUAAUUGACUGACGUCGAUUCAAUUAUUAGAAUUCCAUUUCGUUCGUUUUUUUUCUGUGAGCUGGAUGUGCUGUUUCAGUAGAGAUAAAUCCGAUCAAGCCCGAACUAUGCGAUGUAGUAAGGAGUUGUAGUUUCCAACAGGCCAAUAUUCUGCAUAGUUUAGCGCAGGAAACUUGGUAAUUAACUACAAUGACCAUAAUCCAUUGCGAGCCCGCCUGUUUGUCCCGGUCUGUGUGGAGCAGACACUGAGAGAGCGAAGAGAGAGAAAACGAUCAAGAGGGAUAGAAAGCAGUUGCUUCGCGAUGUAUCGCUACCUGAAAAUACAUGGUCUAAGUGAUUGAUAGUUGGUAUUCAGCAGUCAUAAAAGUAUACCUUAUUUACUUUGAAGAACUAGUAAUUAUAGUGAUUUUGUCAGACAGCAUAGGCAGUAGCUCUAAAGAGAUGAGAUGAUGACUUGGAAUGAAAUAAUAAAGUAAUCAAAUAAAGCAAAUAUUUUAUUAAAGUAAUGUGAAUAAAUUAUGGUUAAUAAGUGAUAAGCAGUAAUGGGCAGUCACUACAGCAUUCAACCCACAUAAUGCAUAGUGCAUUUAAUGUUUAAAAAAAUUAGCGAAAUUGGAAACCGUGAUUAUUUUUUAAUAAUCGAACCAAAACCGAACCGACCUAAAAAAGCACACAUCUCUCAGCACUACUCUGCGUGCAGUUUGGAUAUUAUUGAAGUUAUCAUAAUGUUAGCUUAGCGCAAUUGCUGGAAGUCUCCUGGUACACUAGCCAGCUCCUCUCAAAAUACACAAAAACAACGUUGCGAUCUCUACAUCUCUAUGCGAUAACGAGACAGAGAAUGAGGAAGUGGAUAUAAUCUAGUUUCUUAUGAUUGUCAGUGAAAUUAACACAUUUAUAAAAUAUUGAUUACUAUGUAUAACUUUGUAAGACAAUAAAUGACCAACCACCCAGCUUUGGAGUAGUUAGGUCAAUUUCUCUGCUUUUGAGAGGAGCUGGCUACUGUAACGGGAGACUUCCAGCAAUUGCGCUAAGCUAACGAUAUGCUAAUUUCAACUUUCUCCAAAAUGCACGCAGAGACAUAAAAAUGGUAUCCAUGAGUUUGUCUGACUCUGGGUAAGUACAGAAACGACCUGAAUCUCAAUCUCACAGUAUCCCUUUGUUUCUGCUCCUGUGUGAUCUCAGGGAAGUGUUGAGGUGUAAGAGAGAGAGGUGACUCUGAUGCUUAGCUGUGUGAGCUCAGAAAUGGUGUGCCUUUGACAGACAGGCGUCAGGAAAGAGAGAUGUCAGCAUAUUAUGGAUAUUGAGUUUACUGUGGCGGUAAGGUGUGGUCUGAGGAAAGCAUCAAUAAGGUACCAUAGGUUUGCAGGGUCCUUCGUUAAUAUAUGCUGUUCUGCUCCUGCAACACCUCUGCUUUUGAGCUUACAAGAAGCUUCACUUGAUGAAAUGAAAAAAUAUCCAAAGGGUAUAAGAUCUUAUACCCUUUGGAGAGGGGGAAUUCUCAUGCGACAUGCGUCCAUGAAUCUUACAAAGCUGUAAGUUGGGCUGUAAGGGUGGAGUUAAGAGAACGUGGUUAAUACUUGUUAUAUGAUUUAAGCUCAUUUGCCCUCCCCCUGUCUCCAGGGAUGGACUCUAACUGGUGGGUGCUGAAGCCUGACUUCAGGCUGCCUACUGAGGAGGAGAUCAGGGCCAUGGUGUCUCCAGAGCAGUGCUGUGCCUACUACAGCAUGCUGGUGGCAGAACAGAGACUGAAGGUAAGACUGACAGGCUCUUUAUUUAGGUACUAUCUGUGAUAUCGGUACUCUGUAUGGCACUGUGUGAACUAUAAUAUAACUUUUCUCUCUCUCCACCAGGAUGCUGGAUAUGGUGAAAAGUCAUUCUUUGCCCCAGAGGAAGAGAACGAGGAAGACUUCCAGAUGAAGAUUGAUGAUGAGGUUCAGCUCUACUCUGCUUCCUUUUCAUAAAAAAUGUUGAUGUUGAAAAAAAGGAUCAUCCAUGAUCUCACCAGUAUUCAAUGUGGUCCACCCUAGGUCCGCACAGCCCCUUGGAACACAACGCGAGCCUUCAUCGCUGCCAUGAAGGGGAAGUGUCUGCUGGAGGUCAUGGGGGUGGCCGACCCCACAGGUUGUGGAGAGGGAUUCUCCUAUGUCAAAGUGCCCAACAAGCCCACUCAACAAAAGGUACUCCCUCUUUGUCUUACCCCAGUGCUCUGAAACACUUCUGCCAGAUCCGUAUCCAGAUCAGGGGGCCCUAAUUCCAGUCAUGCGUUCACAGCCUUUCUGACAAAAAUAUAAUCUGUCACAGUCCAUAAAAGCAAGACCUAUGUUUCUGUUAUAACCAUUCAAUUGUUGUUUGAUGAUUAUUUAAUAAUGUAUUACUGAGCUAAAGGUUAUUUGUCGUGUUUAGGCCCAGGAUGACCGGGAGCCACAACCCGCUAAGAAGACUGUGACAGGGACAGACGCUGAUCUGAGAAGACUAUCACUGAAAAACGCCAAGCAGCUGCUGCGCAAGUUUGGUGUUCCAGAGGAGGAGGUAAUCACGUAGUAAUAGCAUAUUACAUAAUAAUGUCUUAAAUUCCCUCAUUUCUUCCACCAACCUAAGUAUGAAGGAUAGAUCAAUCUCUUAAAUCUGUGUUUAUAUGUGCAUUUCAGAUAAAGAAGCUGUCUCGUUGGGAGGUGAUUGACGUGGUGAGGACAAUGUCUACAGAGCAGGCGCGCUCUGGCGAGGGGCCCAUGAGCAAGUUUGCCCGUGGGUCCCGCUUUUCUGUAGCCGAACACCAGGAGCGCUACAAGGAGGAGUGCCAGAGGAUCUUUGACUUGCAGAACAAGUGAGGUCAUCUCAUCCUCCAUCCCCCCUUAUCCAAAUAACCAUAAUUCACCACCCAUUUCCUAUAGGGAUGCUGUAGUUGUACAGUAUCUGAUGUUCUACCCUCUACUUUCUCCUCAGAGUAUUGGAGUCCACAGAGGUCCUGUCCACAGACACAGACAGCAGCUCAGCGGAGGACAGUGACUUUGAGGAGAUGGGGAAGAACAUUGAGAACAUGCUGCAGAACAAGAAGACCAGCUCCCAGCUGUCCAGAGAGAGGGAGGAGCAGGAGAGGAAAGAGCUGCAGAGGAUGCUGAUGGGAGAGGAGAGCGACCGCGACCACAAGGGACGCAAAGCACGCAAGGGCUUCUGUAAGUGGCGUGUGUAUGCAUGUGUGUUUCAGGCUUUUUUUCUGUGUGUUUACAGGAGUGUGUGUGUAACUCGUAUCUCUCUCUGUGUGUCCCUGCAGCCAGUGCUUUGUCCACGGGCUCCCAUAAAGAUGACGACACGUCCUCGGUCACCAGCCUGAACUCGUCCGCUACGGGACGGCGCCUCAAAAUCUACCGCACCUUCAGAGACGAGGAUGGCAAGGAGUAUGUCCGCUGUGAGACAGUCCGCAAACCCUCCGUCAUUGACGCCUACACCAGAAUCAGAACCACCAAGGAUGACGAGUUCAUGUAAGUUCCUCCGUCAGUGUAGUGUGUGUCUGUGUAAUAUGAGUGUUUGGCCUGUGUGUAGUGUACCCAACCUCACACAGUCUUUGUCUGCCUUCUGCCACUGUAGAAAGAAGUUUGCGCUGUUUGACGAGCAACAUAGAGAGGAGAUGAGGAAGGAGCGGAGGAGGAUCCAGGAGCAGCUGAGGAGGCUGAAGAGGAAUCAGGAGAAGGACAGGUUCAAGAGCCCCCCAGAGAAGAAAGCCAAGAAGAUCAAGGAGAGGCCAGACCUCAAGGUAAAAGUAAGCUUGCCAGCCCAUAAUGAUUCAACUCCAAGACUAUCCCCUCCUACUUUUCCAUAACCUGCUGUAUGUAUUCCUGCUGACCUGCUGUCUCGAAAAUAGGAUCAUUUAGUUCAAGAUAAACCUUCCUCUCUUUUUUCACACUUUUUUCUUUAAUAGCAAUAUAUUAUAUUGCUUAUAAUAAGCAUGAUAAUGUAGCGUUUGGCUUACUACAGUGAAAGUAGCAUGAUGUGAUUCAGUGACCUGCAAUCAACAUUGUUAUGUACAGAGUGUUUGUCUGGUUGUUAACUACAUCUCUUUUUCUUUCUUCCUCCCCCUUGCCCUAGCUGAAGUGCGGCGCUUGCGGUGCCAUCGGGCACAUGCGAACCAACAAGUUCUGCCCGCUGUACUACCAGACCAACGCUCCGCCCUCCAACCCGGUUGCCAUGACGGAGGAGCAGGAGGAGGAGCUGGAGAAGACUGUCAUCCACAAUGACAACGAGGAACUCAUCAAGGUGGAGGGAACCAAGAUCGUCCUGGGCAAGCAGCUCAUCGAGAGGUGUACACACACACACACACACACACACACACACACACACACUCUGACAGGAGAGGGGGAUAGUUCUAAUUUCUUUCCAAAUCACAACUGAAUAUCAGUAGUCUUUUCCACUCUCUUUGUGGACCGAAAGUUCCUAUAGAUGUGUUCCUUAUGCUCUCUACGUCUGUCUAAAUGUUAGUGAUAUAUUACGUUGUGCUGCUGUGUAAAGGACCAUGUUGUCUCCUCUCCCAGUGCUGAUGAGGUGCGCAGGAAGUCCCUGGUGCUGAAAUUCCCCAAACAGCAGCUUCCCCCCAAGAAGAAGAGACGUGUUGGGAACAACGUACACUGUGACUACCUCAAUGUGAGCCUGGUAGCCAGUUACCAUAUUUACUUUGGUUGCGUAUGACUAUUCAGUAUGACUAUUCAGUUAAAGCAAGAUAUAAAGCAACAAUAUUUAACACUGUGAUAGUUAUGCCUUAGCUCUCUGUGGUUUUUGUUUUGUUUCAUCCUCUCACAGAGGCCCAACAAAUCCAUCCACCGCAGACGCACUGACCCCAUGGUCACCCUGUCCUCAGUCCUGGAGAGCAUCAUCAAUGACAUGCGUGAUCACCCCAAUGUAAGAUCAACCCACUGCUUACAGACAGACAGUGCCUACACUCCUCCAAACACUAUAUAGGUUUCUCUCUCACACACAUACACACAAACACUUUUGUCACGCUAAUUGUGUUGUCUUUACCUCUUGUCACAGACAUACCCCUUCCACACACCAGUCAAUGCCAAGGUGGUGAAGGACUACUAUAAGAUCAUCCCUCGUCCCAUGAAUCUGCAGACACUACGGGAGAAUGUGCGCAAGCGUGUGUACCCCUCCCGGGAGGAGUUUAGAGAGAAUGUGGAGCUCAUUGUCAAGAACAGUGCCACAUACAACGGUACAAAUCUAAACCACUUGAAGCCUUAGAGAAUGACUCAUAUUUUACUCUGACCGACCAUUCUGUAACUUAUUGCGACUGUAAUUGUUGUGGUGUAUUCAGGUGCCAAGCAUCCAAUUACCCAGGUGGCUCAGACUAUGCUGGACCUUUGUGAUGAGAAACUGAAAGAGGUACGUGUGAAUGUGUACGCUGAUGGAUUCCUGGAUGGGUGCCACUAUCAAAGGCCCAAUUUCUGCUUCUCUGUGGCAGGAGGAGGAAAAUGUUCAGCAACUCUUGGAAGACAAUGGAAGUGGCCUUUAAUAGUACUUGUUAUUUAUUAAACUGGUAAAUUCCUUUGUCCUGUGCAGAAGGAAGACAGGCUGGUGAGACUGGAGAAAGCCAUCAACCCCCUACUGGACGAUGACGACCAGGUGGCCUUCUCCUUCAUCCUGGACAACAUCGUCACUCAGAAGAUGAUGGCCGUGCCUGACGUGAGUGGAGCUUCACCCAAUAAUCAGGGGUGUAUGCUUUCUUUCGGGCGCUUCGGAUGUCACUGAGAGAAUAUCUUCUAUUUGUAUUUUCUUUGUAACUUAAGUCGUUUCACUGAAGUUUUUUCUUUGGCCUUAACAAAUGUACUAAAAUAUUGACAAUUCUGCCAGUAGUUCAAUCAAGUACACAGUGUGAUAAUGUUCUAACUGUCCUUACUCUGCCUCUAUCCCCUCUUCAGUCUUGGCCGUUCCACCAUCCAGUCAACAAAAAGUUUGUUCCAGAUUACUACAAAGUGAUAGUCCAACCCAUGGACCUAGAGAAUGUCCGCAAGGUGAGUUAUGGGAAGGAGACUUCAGUGUCAGCCUUGAGGAAAACCACAACAAAGACACCUUUUGGAUCCCUUGAUGCCAAGAUGGAUCAAACCUAUAUGUACAGGAGUACAGAAUAUAUUACAGAAUGCGGUAGAUGGUAAUACAGUGGGGGGAAAAAGUAUUUAGUCAGCCACCAAUUGUGCAAGUUCUCCCACUUAAAAAGAUGAGAGAGGCCUGUACACGUCAACUAUGACAGACAAAUUGAGAAAAAAAAAUCCAGAAAAUCACAUUGUAGGAUUUUUUAAUGUAUUUAUUUGCAAAUUAUGGUGGAAAAUAAGUAUUUGGUCACCUACAAACAAGCAAGAUUUCUGGCUCUCACAGACCUGUAACUUCUUCUUUAAGAGGCUCCUCUGUCCUCCACUCGUUACCUGUAUGAAUGGCAGCUGUUUGAACUUGUUAUCAGUAUAAAAGACACCUGUCCACAACCUCAAACAGUCACACUCCAAACUCCACUAUGGCCAAGACCAAAGAGCUGUCAAAGGACACCAGAAACAAAAUUGUAGACCUGCACCAGGCUGGGAAGACUGAAUCUGCAAUAGGUAAGCAGCUUGGUUUGAAGAAAUCAACUGUGGGAGCAAUUAUUAGGAAAUGGAAGACAUACAAGACCACUGAUAAUCUCCCUCGAUCUGGGGCUCCACGCAAGAUCUCACCCCGUGGGGUCAAAAUGAUCACAAGAACGGUGAGCAAAAAUUCCAGAACCACACGGGGGGACCUAGUGAAUGACCUGCAGAGAGCUGGGACCAAAGUAACAAAGCCUACCAUCAGUAACACACUACGCCGCCAGGGACUCAAAUCCUGCAGUGCGAGACGUGUCCCCCUGCUUAAGCCAGUACAUGUCCAGGCCCGUCUGAAGUUUGCUAGAGUGCAUUUGGAUGAUCCAGAAGAGGAUUGGGAGAAUGUCAUAUGGUCAGGUGAAACCAAAAUAGAACUUUUUGGUAAAAAUUCAACUCGUCGUGUUUGGAGGACAAAGAAUGCUGAGUUGCAUCCAAAGAACACCAUACCUACUGUGAAGCAUGGGGGUGGAAACAUCAUGCUUUGGGGCUGUUUUUCUGCAAAGGGACCAGGACGACUGAUCCGUGUAAAGGAAAGAAUGAAUGGGGCCAUGUAUCGUGAGAUUUUGAGUGAAAACCUCCUUCCAUCAGCAAGGGCAUUGAAGAUGAAACGUGGCUGGGUCUUUCAGCAUGACAAUGAUCCCAAACACACCGCCCGGGCAACGAAGGAGUGGCCUGGCCAGUCUCCAGAUCUCAACCCCAUAGAAAAUCUUUGGAGGUAGUUGAAAGUCUGUGUUGGCCAGCGACAGCCCCAAAACAUCACUGCUCUAGAGGAGAUCUGCAUGGAGGAAUGGGCCAAAAUACCAGCAACAGUGUGUGAAAACCUUGUGAAGACUUACAGAAAACGUUUGACCUGUGUCAUUGCCAACAAAGGGUAUAUAACAAAGUAUUGAGAAACUUUUGUUAUUGACCAAAUACUUAUUUUCCACCAUAAUUUGCAAAUAAAUUCAUUAAAAUUCCUACAAUGUGAUUUUCUGGAGAAAAAAAUUCUCAUUUUGUCUGUCAUAGUUGACGUGUACCUAUGAUGAAAAUUACAGGCCUCUCUCAUCUUUUUAAGUGGGAGAACUUGCACAAUUGGUGGCUGACUAAAUACUUUUUGUCCCCACUGUAUGUAUAAUAUAACCAUUAGUGUUAUUUAAAAGUCCCUCUGUGUGCUGUGGUCCAACAGAACAUAUCCAAACACAAGUACCAGAACCGGGAUGUGUUCCUAUUUGACGUCAGCCUGGUCCACACCAACAGUGUCAAGUACAACGGUCCAGACAGCCCUUACACCAAUACGGCCCUGGAGAUAGUCAACGUGUGCAAGCAGACCCUGGCAGAGGUGUGUGUAUGAAAGAGAAACUGCGAGAGAAAGUCAUAAUGAAACUACACUGAACAAAAAAUAUAAAUGCAACAUGUAAAGUGUUGGUCCCGUGUUUCAUGAGCUGAAAUACAAUAUCCCAGAAAUGUUCCAUACGCACAAAAAGCUUAUUUCUCUCAGAUUUUGUGCACAUAUUUGUUUACAUUCCUGUUAGUGAGCAUUUCUUAGGUGUGGUAUAUCAAGAAGCUGAUUAAACAGCAUGAUCAUUGCACAGGUGCACCUUGUGCUGGGGACAAUAAAAGGCCACUCUAAAAUGUGCAGUUUUGUCACAUAACAGAAUGCCACAGGUGUCUCAAGUUUUGAGGGAGCGUGCAAUUGGCAUGCUGACUGCAGGAAUGUCCACCAGAGCUGUUGCCAGAUAAUUGUUCAUUUCUCUACCAUAAGCUGCCUCCAACAUCGUUUUAGAGAAUUUGGCAGUACUUCCAACCGGCCUCAACCGCAGACCAUGUGUAUGGCGUCGCGUGGGCGAGGGGUUUGCUGUUGUCAUUGUUGUGAACAGAGUGCCCCAUGGUGGCAGUGGGGUUAUGGUAUUGGCAGGCAUAAGAUACGGACAACGAACACAAUUGCUUUUUAUCGAUGGCAAUUUGAAUACACAGAGAUACCAUGACGAGAUCCUGAGGCCCAUUGCCGUGCCAUUCAUCCGCCGCCAUCACCUCAUGUUUCAGCAUGAUAAUGCACGGCCCCAUGCUGCAAGGAUCUGUACACAAUUCCUGGAAGCUGAAAAUGUCCCAGUUCCGUGGCCUGCAUACUCACCAGACAUGUCACUCAUUAAGCAUGUUUGAGAUGCUCUGGAUCGACGUGUACGACAGUGUGUUCCAGUUCCCGCCAAUAUCCAGUAACAUCGCACAGCCAUUGAAGAGGAGUGGGACAACAUUCCACAGGCCACAAUCAACAGCCUGAUCAACUCUAUGUGAAGGAGAUGUCGCGCUGCAUGAGAUACUGACUGUUUUUUUUUUUAUCCACGUCUCUACUUUAAAAGAAAAAUGUUAUAUGUGACCGACAGAUGCAUAUCUGUAUUCCCAGUUAUGUGAAAUCCAUAGAUUAGGGCCAAAUUCAUUUAUUUCAAUUGACUAUUUCCUUAUAUGAACUGUAACUCAGUCAAAUCUUUAAAAUUGUUGCAUGUUCUGUUAAUAUUUUUGUUCAGUAUAAUUAAUUGACAUCUUUAUGGCUUGUCAGAUGACUAAUCAUAUUUAUGACUUCAUUAUGUUGCCUCCGCCAAGGAUAAUUAGUUCAUUUGACUGUUGCUUGAUAUAUCCCCAGUAUGAUGAGCACCUGACCCAGCUGGAGAAGGACAUCUCCACAGCUAAAGAGGCUGCUCUGGAUGCAGCAGACCUGGAUAGCCUGGACCCCAUGACUCCUGGAACCUACACACCACAGGUAGCAAUGUUCCUGUCCCAUGUAUGGCCCAGAAACAAGCCAGAUACUACCAAUAGGGCCUUAGAGUCACCAAAUAAAGUACCUCACCUCGCCCCUCACAUGCUCCAGAGUUGGGGAAUGCCACUCCAAAUACCUACUUUUUAACCUCAGUCUGCUGUAGUCUCUCCCUCCAUAUUACAUAUACCUCUUCACAUUCUAGUCUUUUUCUGCCUCGUAGUUCCUCUUUAGCACUCUUAUAUGUGUCACAAUUUAGUAGCUGUUUCUAUAGUUUAUCUAUGCGUUAGUCUCUAUAUUCUCCUUCCUACCAUGUGUUUAUCUCUUCUCCUCCCUCUUUCCUUUGUGUGUGUGUGUGUGUGUGUGUGUGUGUGGUGGGGGUGGGGGGGGGGCAGCCUGCUGAUGUGUUUGACAGCAGUGCCUCUGUGAGCCUGCACAGAGAGACCAGCUUUUUCUCUGAGGUUGAGGCAUCUCUAAUGGCUGUACCAGAGAAGAGGGGGGUAGGGCAGGUACGGAGAGAGAUCACCCUGGAGUGCAACGGGCGUCUGUCUCAUCCAGGGGUCACCUGUCUUUUAACCACCCUUCUCCCCUCCCAUUCCCCCCGUUCCUCCUUGUACAUUCACCUGGUCCUCCCUUCCAGUUCUUCCCUCUCCAUUCCCACAGUGUGUAUCCUGACUGGUGCAUGCUCCUCCUAACUAGGAGCCAUUCUAAGAUCCAUUUGUGCUUUUCAUUCCUAAGACAAAGAUGGUUCCUUCACAUAACUCAUUUGGUUCAUUUGUCUGCCUGUUUCGCAUGUAUGUAACUUUUUCUCCUACUUGUGACUGCCUGUCAUAUUAGCGUUCUGUUUGCCUGGCCAAUUAUCAAUUUUCAGCCAUCUCCAUUGCUUCUCAAGUCAUCACUCUAUCUUUCCCCAGAAUAAUCUUCUCCUGUCUCAGUGUCGCUUAACUUCUCUGUGUGUCUCCAGGGUCGUCAUAGAAGGCUAGGAGAGGAGGAGUCGGACGUGGACAUCGAGGGCUUCGAGGAGGAGGAUGACGGCAAGCCCAAGACACCAGCUCCUGUAAGACUCAGAUCAUGGAGAAACAGUAUGAGUUUUAGAGAUGGAUUUUGAAAGAGAGAAAUGGCAGAUUUGGAAACAGUUUAUAGUUCAGGCAAAUUAGUCCUUUUGAUGAUUAUGAUGAUGAUGACCUGUUCCCCAGGCAGAGGAUGGUGAGGGAGACCUGGAGGAUGAAGAGGAUGAAGAGGAUAUGCUGCUACCGCCCCACAGAAGGCUGCGGGGCCAUGAGGAUGAUGAUUAUGACGAGGAUGAAGGCUCCAGUCGGCCUGCCCAGGCCAGCGUGCUGUACCAGGACCUGCUCAUGUCAGAUGGAGAGGAUGACGCCAGCGAAGAGGAGGGAGACAACCCGUUCUCCUGUGAGUCACACUAGGGUGGAGGUUGUCAUAGGAUGGAGUAAGAUGAUGAAUAGAGAUGUACUGUGUGAACAUGUGCAUUGGGUAAAAAAAGUUCACCCAAAUUACAAAAUGAUGACAGCAAUCCAUGCUUUGGUUUAGUUUCCCUGGCACUGUUUCCACAUGCUAACGUUUUAGCAUUUGUCAUGGGACUGAUAUUAGCAUUUUCCGCACAUCAUGAUAAAAUUAUCUAUGUGACUUUGUUGAGGUUCGCAAUCAAUUGUAGAUACUUUUGGAUGAAUUGGACAUGCUAAUAUCUGUCCCAUGACUUGAAUGAGAUUUCUUCCACAAAUGCUAAAACAUUAGCAUGUGGAAACAGUGCCAGGGAAACUAAACCAAAGCAUGGAUUGCUGCCUACCUUGUCCAUAGUCUGCUUAUAGAGUAAGGAAACCAAUCUGUCAUUUUGUAAUUUGGGUGAACUUUCCCUUUAAAAUCUACAUCCUAUGAUUUAAGGAUUUCUGAAGGACACUAGGGACUGUAUUUGAGAUCUGAGGUUCUAACAGUGUUUCCUGUCCCGCCCCAGCUAUCCACCUGUCAGAGAGUGGCAGUGACUCAGACAGAGAGGUGGAGGUGCGUCCCCCGCCCCCUCCCAGACCCCACCAUGAGACGGCCCGCAUGGGCCUGGAGCAGGACGAGAGCAUGAUGUCAUACGGGGAAGAGGUGCCGGAUGAGACCCACCUGGAGGACAGUAAUGUCAGGUACAACAUGGAGCCAGCAAUCACCAUGGCCGAAACAUUAUAUACAGUACAUGGUGUAUUUGCAUCGUUGUUUGAAUCUUGGGCCCUAUUAACCCAUACUUUACCCUCUUUCUCUUCCCCAUAGUUAUGGGAGCUAUGAGGAGCCGGAGGGUCAGACCCAGACCCAGACCUCCAGCAUGGGCAAUGGAGAGGACUACGGCAUGAGUGAGGAAGAGGAGGAAGAGGCGGCUCAGAGGAGAGGUCCCAGUGUGCUGUCCCAGGUGCAGCUGAGUGAGGAUGAGGAGGACAGCGAAGAGUUUAGGUCCAUCGGGGGAGAGAGUGACUUGGACUCAGACAACUAG